ACCUUUAAUUGUUGUCCGCUUCCUCCCGGGGAGUCAGUGGUCCCGCGCUACGACCACACCACUGGACCGAUAACAACACUGCAGAUGCACGAGACUGCUUUUUUUCCCCACCUUCAUUUUCCAUUUGGUCUUUUUAUUUAGUUUUAAGGGGGAUUGCAUUUACUUUGUUGACUUGUUUGGGGGUUACAGCUACUUUGCCUCCUCAAGGUCCCUUCUGAGUGGAGGGUGUCUGUCCCUACCCUCCAGGUUCUGAGUGUGUGGGUUCCACCAGCUGAUCGGUCACCAUGGGGAUCAAGGCAGCCCUGCCCAGAUAUGAGCUGUACUUCUAUAACACAGUGGUCUAUCUGGGCUUGUUGUGGGCUGCCAGCUGGAUCUUUGAUGUGUCCAGCUCGAAUGCAAACAGAAAGACGUUCAAGUCCAGCGUGACACCAGGAUGGUACUACUUCGGCAGGAGGAUGGAUACGGCUGACUUUGAGUGGGUGAUGUGGUUCUCUACGUUCCGGGACCACAUCCUCUUCGCCCUGUCUGGUCAUGUGAUCUUCGCUAAGAUCUGCUCCAUGCUGGCUCCACAGCAUAGGAGCCUCAUGUACCUGUGUUACGGUACCCUGGCGGUGCUGGUCACUAUGGGUUGGACCUACACCACUCUGAUCCUGUCCCACUGUGUGCUGCUCUACAGUAUCUCUCUGGUUAAACUGCGCUGGCUCUGCUUCCUAGCUGGACUCACCACCCUGUCCACAUUCAAGAUGGAACCAUUCAUAUCCUGGCAGGCUGGUUUUGUGACGGGGGAUUUUGAGCUCCGUUCCGUCCUGUUCUACGGCGGUUGUGGGUUCACCAUCAUGCGCUGUAUGAGUUUUGCUCUGGAGAACUGUGAGAAGAAAGAAGGAAACUACAGCAUUCUGGAACUCCUCAAGUACAACUUCUACCUGCCCUUCUUCUACUUCGGACCAAUUAUGACCUUCGACAAGUUCUAUGUUCAGGCCAACAAGGCUGACCUGACCCGACAGGAGGGGGCGAUAUGGAACAUAUCUCUGCAGGGACUCAUUCACCUGGGGGCCAUAUUAACAGUGGACAUCCUCUUCCACUUCCUGUACAUCCUGAGCAUCCCUACGGACAUGAAGCUGCUCAAACACAUGUCUGACUGGGCUGUAGUUGGUCUGGCCUACUGUAACCUGGUGUACGACUGGGUGAAGGCAGCUGUGAUGUUUGGGGUGAUCAACACUGUGUCUAGACUGGAUCAUCUGGACCCUCCUCAACCUCCAAAAUGUAUCACAAUGCUCUACGUCUUCUCUGAGACACACUUUGACAGAGGAAUAAAUGACUGGCUGUGCAAGUAUGUGUAUAACUACCUGGGAGGGAAGCAUGACACUGUGUGGGAUGAGGCCAUUGCUACGCUGUGUACUUUUGGCAUCACUGUGCUGUGGCUGGGACCCUGUCAGGUGGUGUUCAUCUGGGCCUUCUUCAACUGCUUCGGACUCAACUUCGAGCUCUGGACUGCCAAGUUCGUCUGCAUGGAACCCUUUGCUUCUCUAGAGAUGGCGAUGUCUCCUGCCAUGUCUCGUAGGAUCAGAGCUCUGUUUAUCAUCUCCCUCUCCCCUCCUCUAGAUGGCGAUGUCUCCUGCCAUGUCUCGUAGGAUCAGAGCUCUGUUUAUCAUCUCCCUCUCCCC